ACGAAAACGUCUGUCUGGAGAAGUCAGUGGAGGCUUUAUGGUAGUCACUCGUGGUGAAUGUGUUGUAAACAAUUUUGAGAAUGGCUAGAAUCGUCAAUUUCUUCAAGACUAUCAGAAAUAACUGGAAGAAGUCACUCUUCAGUGCAGCUGUCCUCACUUACGGAACCUCUUAUGGUCUUGACGUCUAUCAAACGAAUUUGUUGAUGAGAGCUUACUGCGAGGAAGCUGUUAAAUUCGGGGAUGAGCCUCUUGCUGCUACACGUAAACCUAGGCACAUCACAGUCAUCUUGAAUCCAAUAGCUAAAAAAAGAAAGGCAAAAAAAUUAUUUGAAAAAUACUGCGAACCCCUGCUGCACCUGGCUGGUAUCGCAGUUACGAUUCUCCAGACAGAACAAGAGGGCCAUGCUCGUUCCCUAAUAGAAAACAUGAACACUCCAACUGAUGCAAUACUAGUGGCAGGAGGAGAUGGCACUCUUCUGGACGUGGUGACAGGUCUCCUGAGGAAGUACGAGGGGAACAGGGGGUAUGCCAAGCAGUGUCCCAUUGGAAUUCUCCCCCUGGGGGAGAUGAACAGAAUAGCUGAUGCAAUGUUCCUCGGAGGGUAUGAGGAUCACCCUCUGAUCCAUGAGAUGGCUGAUGCCACCAUGGCUGCUGUCAGGGGAGGAACGAGAAUGGUCGACGUCGUGAAAGUUGAACCACUAAACAAUGAUCCUGAAAAUCCAAUAAGACCAAUUUAUGCUGUGGGGACUCUGGAAUGGGGUGCCUGGAGGGAUGCUCAUGCACGAAGGGAUAAAUAUUGGUAUUGGGGGUCUCUUAGGAGAUACAUGACAUAUAUAUUCAGUGGCAUAAAGAAAGACGUAAACUGGGAGAUAAAUGGAACCCUCCGUUACUCCGAGCCCUGCAGUGGUUGCUCAACAUGUUACGACGACAAUCAGAGCGCCGAGAGCACCGAAAAAAGGUGGUGGCACGUGUUCAUCCCACGAAGAACAGCCUACGCCCAGAACGAAAUCGAUUACCGAAGAGUUAAGAAUGACAAGUGUGGGCAGUACAAUGAAAUACCGAUCAAUGCAACAGAACUCAGUUUAAUCACUAGUAACGUUAAGAAUCCGGUCAAGGAAGGCCCACCGUCUAUUAAAUUACAUUUAGGCCCGGAAUAUGUUAGUUACAAAGAUUUCGUAGCUGAAGGCUGGAGAAGAAUAAAAGGAGAAAAAACGCUUAUAAAUAAAACAGUAGAGGCCAAAGAUAUCGAACUUUUACCGAACACUGUAGACGAUUCAAAUGACAAGCAACAAUAUUUUUCAAUAGACAACGAGGAAUUCGAAAUGAAACCGGUCAAGAUAAAGCUACUGUCUAACGCUGUAAAAAUGUUCUCUCAGUAAUUACACGAUUUA